AUGAAUAAAUAUUUCAAUGAUAUUGGAACCGUUUUGGCUGAUAAUCUCUCAAAUGGGCAUAAUAGUUUUGAGGCGUAUGUCAACCCUACUGAAACUACAUUUGAAAUUCAAAACAUUUCUGUAGUGGAGGUAAAAAGUGAAAUUUCAAGAAUCAAAACUUCCAAAGCUACUGGACAUGAUCGUAUAUCACCAAAACUUUUGAAAGAUAGUGUGGAAGUAGUUGCCGAAUCCCUCACAAAUAUUUUCAAUAAAUCCAUUGAAAAAGGCGUAUUUCCUGAUGACCUUAAGAUUGCAUGCAUAUCUCCUAUACAUAAAGGGGAUAGCAAACUAGAAUGUUGUAACUACAGACCAAUAUCUAUUAUAUCUGUAGUAGCUAAAGUGUUUGAAAAGCUUAUCUCCAGGCAACUCAAUGGAUAUUUGGAGUCUAACCACUUGCUGUCGGACAGUCAAGCUGGCUUUAGGAAAAAGA